AUGGGAAACUGUUGCGAGCCAGCAUCAUCAAUGGAGUGGGACGGAGAGGACUGGAGUGAUUUGACGUCCAAGAACACAAGCUCAAGCAAGGUGUUUGACCAAACUCGUUGUCAUGGGUUGAGUCUAGGGAAAGUGCAGAAGGAGAAGCUUAUGGGAGUGCUAGGAGCUUCUCCUGAUGCGAAAGGGAAGGUGAAGAUAAUGAUUUCAAAGAAAGAGCUGGCUCAACUGUUGGAGAAGCAACAACAGGUUAGUAAGAAGCAAGUGGGGAGAGCUUCUGCAGAACAAGUUCUACUUCGCUUAAUAAAAGCAAGAGAUCAUGAUUCUCGUCAUGAGUUGUGGAGACCCGCGGCAUCAUCAAUGGAGUGGGACGGAGAGGAUUGGAGUGAUUUGACAUCCAAGAAGACCUGCUCAAGAAAGGUGAUUGACUUAACUCGUGGUCAUGAGUUGAUUUUAGGGAAAGUGCAGAAGGAGAAGCUGAUGGGGGUGCUAAGAGCUUCUCCUGAUGCCGAUGGGAAGGUGAAGAUACUGAUAUCAAAGAAAGAGUUGGCAGAGUUGUUGGAGAAGCAGCAACAGAUGAAUAAUAACAAGCACGUAAGGCGAGCAUCUGCAGAACAAGUUCUGCUUCGCUUAACAAAGGCUAGAGAUCAUGAAUCUCGUCAGGGAUUUUGGAUGCCCAAGCUAGAGAGUAUUCCUGAGGCUAGCUGA